AUGUGCUGCAAUUAGUAAAGGCAUUUCUACACAAGUUCUUCUCUUUCUUCUUUCAUUUCUUCUUCACCUUCUUCUUUGAGCUCAAAAAAAUAAAAAAAUAAAAUAAAAAAAGAAAAGAAAAGAAAGGGAAGAAAAAUAAAUCCAUGGAGGGGCUCUAUUGUUAGGAGUGUUUUGAUGAGUUCUUGGAAUUCUUGGUAAGAACCCUUGUCCUAUUUCAUUUAGCCCUCUGUAAAAAUUUGGUUGUUUUUGAUGAUUGGGUGAGAACCCUUCUUGGUGUGUGAAGAAUUUGUUGGUAAAGAUUGAAUCUUGAUUGUUUUUGGUGGAAAUUUGUUGGAGAAAGUUUGUGUUUGUGGGGUAAUGAAGAAUCUCAUAUGUUUCUUGAUGAGAAAAAAAGUUGUCUUAGAUCCAUGAAAUCCGUGUUCUAUAUUGCAAGAAGUUGUUAGCAAAAAGGGUUUGUUUUGAAUCUUUAGGGUUGAUUGGUUUCUUGAUUUGUUCUUACACUAAGCCCUUUGAUCAAUUACUUUAGGGUUCUGAUUUUGCCCUAUUUGAUGUAUUUGGGGGAAAGUUUGAAGCCAAAUCUCUGAUUUUAUAUUUUGUUGAAGGUCGUAGCUCUGAUUUGAUAUCCAGAUCUGAUUUUAACCUAAAUCACCAAUUAGGGUUCUUCACAAUUUGAUUUGAUUGCUAAAAAGGGGGUUAAAUAUUGGGAUUCAAGAAUCAAGAUUGAUAUAUAAUAAAUAGUUUGAAUAGAUUCAAGACAAACCUUUUAGGUAUUAAUUAUAUCAAGAAAAGAGGAAUGAUGGAAGAGCUGCCGCCGGCGGCCACCGCCGCCGUGGUUACCCUUAGCUUGGGCAAUCCGGUCUGCGAAAAUGCCGGAAUUUCGAACCAUGUCGAGAUCACCCGCCUCAAGCUGGUGGCGGGGACGGCAGCCUUGCUUUCGGAUCCGGCGUUGAUGGGGAAUGGCAAAUCCUUGAUGCUGCCGGAAAAUGUUUCCGGCAGCGGCCGUGAUGUCCGCGGAGGAGACGGAAUUAUCUCGGCCAGGGAAGAUUCUAACAUAACGACCGGUGUCGAUCUGUCUGAUUCAGACAUCAGCGUGCCUCUAGAUGCCGCGCCGGAGAUGAGCUUACCGAUUGCUGUCGAAAUCGAAGGCACGGAGAAUGGUCGAAUUCUUGCGAAGGUCAUUAGCGUGGAGGAACGAGCGGUUGUCAAGAGGGCAUUGAAUAAUGUCACGAAUGAUUAUGUUAAGCUAAAUGAAGAAUGCUCGGCUGGUCCGACUAUAAAAUCUUCGGUAGUUGCUUUACAGCUUCCGAGCGAGAAAGAUCCAAUCAAAGGCCAUGUUAAGAGCGUCUUCGAGCUGGAUUGUGUGCCGCUCUGGGGUUCGACGUCGCUCUGCGGACAUAGGCCGGAGAUGGAAGACGCUGUCACGGCAGCGCCGCAUUUCAUGAAAAUACCGAUCAAGAUGUUCAUUGGCGACCGCGGAGUCGACGGGAUUAGCAAGAGUUUAAGCCACAUGACCUCCCAUUUCUUCGGUGUUUACGACGGUCACGGUGGAUCUCAGGUUGCGAAUUACUGUCGGGACCGGCUUCAUCUGGCCUUAUCCGAGGAGCUAAAUGAUUGCAAACAUGAAAUCGUGAACGGUAGCAGCAUCGAUAUCCGACAACUUUUGUGGGAGAAGGUCUUCACUAAUUGCUUCUUGAAAAUCGACGACGAAGUCGUGGGGAAAUCUGGAGAGACUACUAAAGAGCCCAUUGCGCCGGAAACCGUGGGAUCGACGGCUGUGGUUGCGGUGGUUUCUUCAUCCCACAUUGUCGUCGCCAAUUGUGGAGAUUCGAGGGCUGUUCUUUACCGCGGUAAAGAAGCAAUCCCGUUAUCGGUCGAUCACAAACCAAAUCGGGAGGACGAAUACGCAAGGAUAGAGGCGUCAGGAGGCAAGGUCAUACAAUGGAACGGGUACCGUGUUUUCGGAGUUCUUGGAAUGUCAAGAUCUAUUGGCGACCGGUACUUGAAGCCAUGGAUAAUACCCGAACCGGAGACAAUGUUCAUGCCCCGAACCCGAGAGGACGACAUCCUCGUCCUAGCGAGCGAUGGGCUGUGGGAUACGAUGACAAACGAGGAAGUAUGCGAAGUGGCGAAAAAACGUAUUCUUCUUUGGCAUAAGAAGAACGGCACGAACCCGUUGCCGGACAGGGGCCAAGGAGUCGACCCGGCAGCUCAAGCUGCGUCGGAGUAUCUAUCGAGCCUCGCGCUUCAGAGAGGAAGCAAAGACAACAUAUCUGUGAUUGUUGUAGACUUGAAAGCGCAGAGGAAAAUCAAGAGUAAGUCGUGAAGAAGAAGAUGAUGAUAUGAUCGACUGAAUUUAUAAUAUCCAAAAUGUAGUUUGCAUCAAGUGUUUUUCUGUCUUGUUAUUACAUUAUUAGAGUCCAUCCAUUUUUGACAUGGGCUUGAAGGUGUAAUGAGAAAAAAAGGUAAAAAAAAAACAGUAGUGAUUAGUAUGUGUCUUUGGUCGUGUAGGAACAAUUGAUAUAAUCUUAAUGACCUGUGCUAAAGUUCUAUUUA